UUCUCUCAGCUUAAAAUCAUACAGCUGAUUUUAGUUUCACAACUUUAUUGAAGUCACUAUUAAAAUUUUGUGAAAUUUAUUUUUCCACAACUCAAUAUUUCCUUCAUUUUUUAUUUGUGCGUGCUCAAUAUUUUUUGUAAAACAAUAAUAAUAUUUAUAAGCAAAUAGAAAAUGGCUGAUAAUAUUAACUCGGGUAAAAAGAAAAAGAACCGUGGUGGUGCAGGAACAUCUGGUAAAGCCAAGAAGCGAAUUGUUGAGAAAAUCUUAGGCAAACGGAACGCCAAUGGACACACUGAACUCUUAUUGAAAUGGAAGGAUUUACCCGAAGAGGAGAGCACAUGGGAGCCCCAAAGCAUGUUGGGUCCUGAAAACAUUCACAUGCUAACGCAAUUUAAUUACCAAUACCAACGAAUCCCGCCUAAGGCUGCGAAUCAAAAUCCACAAGCGGCUAAAGCUAAAGCAAGCAACAAAAAAAAAUUAAAGCAGCCACCGCUGCCGUCACCGCCGGCGCCGGCCCCACAAAAAAAAAGUGUGACCAAAGAGCACACGCACACAGAAAGAGUGCAGGCCGUAAACAAGCAAAGUUCCGAUCACGACAGCGAGGAUAAUUCAUCCGGAAGUAGCAGCAACUCGGACAGCGACAGCAGCUCUGCUGGUGACGAGACAAGCAGCAGCGAUGAAGAACCCGAUGUAGUGGAAAAGAAGGCUGCAGCAAUGGCGAAAAGCAGACAACAAAGCAUUCCAAACAAAAACAAGAUGAAGGGCAAAUCACCACCACCAAAAGCAUCCAAUAUCACCAACAAUUUAAAUGCAAACGAGAGGCAAGGCUUGACCAAGUUUGGGCUGGCACAAGUGCGUGAUCUGCUCAGCAGCGACGACGAGGAUGAUGAUGAGACUGCAGCGUUGCCAGCUGCAAAGGCUGAUCAGGCGCUUGAGGGCGUCAAGCAGCAGGCACUCAGUUGGCUGAAGAUGAAAACAGCUACGAAAGAAACUAAGCAGGAACCAGGAACAUUAGAUACACUUUCGAGGCGACGCAAGACUGGACCUAGCGAUGAUCGAAGUGUAGUGCAGCAAUUGACCGCUAAAAACAAACGACGUUUGAGUCUGGAUAGAGGCGAUCAAAAUGCGAAACAUCUUGAAGAUGAGGAACACAAACCGUUUGAUACGGAAGAACCCAACGAAGGUGAUGUGCCGGCCAAUUUUAGUGAAUUUGGGAUUUGGAGAGAUCAUUUGACGGCGUCGACGAAAUGUUAUGGCAUCGAGCUGGGCUUGCCACUGGAGAAGGUGCUGAAGACCUUCAGGAUCAAUGGUGAAACUUUUGUGGUGGCCAAAUGGCGAAAUCGUGUUACACCCGAUGCAGUGAAGCUGAAGGUUCUGAAUGCCCUAUAUCCACAUCUUGUUAUUGAAUAUUUCGAGAAUCUUGAGAUGCGCACGGUAGACUAGACUACAAAACGUGGUAAGCUCGGCUCCAUCACAAAUGCCGGACAACUUAACAUAAAUCAACGAAACAUAUGCUCAAGCAAAUAAACGAAAUACAACAAACUUAUUCUUAUCGAGAAGGAUAAACGGAUAACGAAUAAUAAGAGUUUUUGUUUUUUUUAUAUAUAUGAUUUAACCGCACUUUGAUACACACAACACUUAUGUUUAUAGAAACUGUAUAUGAUGAUAUUAUGAUAUUCAACACAAUCAAUACAAUUAACAGUUAAUAUUCACAAAAUAAAGUUCACGUUUACAUUGUGAAAGUUGUUACCCUAUAAUUUGGGUAAAACUAGCUACCUUGUAAAUUUCCUUCAACAAUA